AUGUAUGAUUCACAUGAAUUUCUUAAUCUUGUGAUUUCACUUAUAACUGAUGAAAUAGAUGCGAUUAAAAAUCAAAUAAAUGACCAAUCAUUAUUAUUUUUACAUAACAUAAUCGAUCCAACAACGAAUAAUUUUCAAUUUUGUUUAGCUACAGAACGUUGUUGUGAAAUCUGUGGUAUGUCAACAAUCAAAACUGAAAUUCAUACAGCUUUACUAAUUCAUGUAACAGAUGAAGAAUUUAAAACAACUAAAACUAAUUCUCUAUCUGAUUUACUUGAAAAUUAUUUUGCAUCGGAAUCAAUGGAUGGGUGUUAUUGUGAUAAAUGUCAAUCAAAUCAACGAAAAUAUAUAAAAUAUAGUCUUGAAAGAUUACCUCGAAUUUUUAUUUUUUAUUUAAAACGAUGGCAUAUAACAAAGAAUUCUAAUGGUGAAUUACAAUCAGUAUCCAAAGAAGAUCAUCCUAUUGAUUGUACACUUGAUAUAAAUGUUUAUCCAUUUUGUUCAACAAAUACUUUACAACCACCAAUGAUAAAUUAUUUAGAAGAACUACCUAAUUUAAAAGAUUUACUUAAACAACGUGAAGAACUUAUAAAUACUAUUGAACCAAAACGAGCAAAAUUAGAAGAAACUAAUUCAGAAAAAAUGGAAAUGUACGAAGAAGAAAAUGUUAUCUCUACUCAUGCUAAUUAUCGUCUUUUUGCUGUAAUUAAUCAUCAUGGUGGUUCAAGUGAUGUUGGACAUUAUACAUCAACAGUUUAUGAUGCUAAAGGGGAUACAUGGUGGACAUAUGAUGAUACAUCCGUUACAUCAUGUACUGAACAACGAGUUUUAAAAGAUUUAGCUCCUGAUGCUUAUGGUGUCAUGUAUAUGCAUAAAGAUAUAUUGAAAUUAUUUCAACCUGUGAUUGAUAAAUCAAUGCAGUGA